AUGGCGAAGUCUAUCCACGGCCCCUCUGUAUCAAAUACGCACGGCACAGCCUCUACAACAUUGAGACCGGAGGUCGGGUUUGAUCCAGUUCCAACUUACCCGCCACUGUCGCUUUCACCCGGAGAGGAUCUGGGAAAGCAUGCUCUGUCUGAUACAGCUAAUGAGUGCCCUCCACCACACUUUGCCACAGCUCACGUUUCCUCCCGUGGUGGAGCUGCAAAUGCGUUUGCUCGCUCUGUCGAGCCAGCGACUGGCCCAUCGACUGGAAGAAUCAGCUCACAACGCGGCAAGGUGGCCACCAUAACAGGGCUGCCUUGCGAUUACUGUCCCUCAACACGCGCAGCAGAAGACAUCGCUAAAAAUUACUCGAACCUGGUCUGCAGCCGGGCCGCUCGUGCCAGUGGGAGCCGGACAACUGUUCCGCUCGACGAAAUCUCGAGCCGUUCAGCAGGCCCCGCACCCAUGCCAUCCGACGUCUUUCCCAUUUUCCCACAAGAGUGGCACGAGAGGCCGCGUCGGCAAGACAAAACAAUACAUAUUGCAAAAGCUUAUACAGAACAUCUCAUACAUCAUCGAGAAGGUAGCGAGGCUCCGCUCUCUCCGCAUGUGUCGGCCGUCAAGAUUGGUUCCGUCUACGCCCAGCAGCUUCUCACACGCCAAUUGGAAGCACUACAACGAACUUGGAAGGCCGCAACCGGCUACACUAGUGAACUGUACCAGAUGGCAUCGAGCGCAGCCCCUCCCAUGAGCCUGAGUGCGCAGCAGAUGAUCGUUCGCAACACAGAAACUGACGACGUCGACGCCGUUCCCAUGGGGCUAAGCGGGACUCCUGUUUCUCUUGUAGACGAUUGCUGCCGUCAUGAGCCACAAGCAGAAACAAAGCGUGUUUUCACCGGCGAAACCGAGGGACCGCAGCCCCACGAAGAGGGCAGGUGGAAAGUACUAGCCGAGCACGUCACAAGCAGAGAACGUAUUCACCAGCCUGCUGCCCGUGUCGCCGCCGCGGAAAGGUCGAGCCUCGACAAGCCUCCCGAGGAGCUGCAUACAAUGAAACAGAAACCGUUCCCGAUCAAUCCCGAGUUUCAACGUUGGGCUGUAGAAUGGAAGCAGCUCGAUUCUGAGUAUGGUUAA